GAAUAGAGCUGGAAGGGGGUUUGGAGGUCUUCUAGUCUAGCCCCCUGCUCAAACAGAAGACCCUAUACCUGCCAUUUGAAACCCACAAGUCACAAAGGGGCCAAGGUUGUCCGUCUCUCCUUUUAGCAGAAUGUUUGGAUCAAUAAUUGAUUGGGAGGGGGGCAUCCCGUGAAUUUUGGCUUCUCCCCAAUUUUUAAAAACUUUUUUCCCCUCUUUAACAAGAUGCUGGGAUCAAUUGUAAUGGAUCCGGGAUUCGUCCCAGGGAUGUUUGCUUCUCUCCAGUUUUAAAAACAUUUUCCCUUUAACGAGCUGGUUGGGCAGCAAUAAUAAUUGACCGGGGGUCCGUCCCGUGAAUCUUUGCUCCUCCCCAAUUUGUUAUGUUUAAAAUACUGCAGUUCUUCUUUAAAAAGCCAGCGAAGAUAACCGCAAAAGCAACAAGAAAUCAUCUCGGUUUCCUGCCUGGUCAGAGCCCAAAGGCGGUCACCUAAUUUAGAGGAAAAGAAGCGAAACUUGAGUUUCUCCUGCCUUUCCCGGCAGAGGCGGCGGCGAUGGCGACCGAAGCGCCCCUGCAGGAUUUGCUGGAAGAAGCCACCUGCUCCAUUUGCCUGGACUUUUUCCAGGACCCCGUGCUCAUCCCGGAGUGCGGUCACAACUUCUGCCUAGGCUGCCUGACCCGCAGUUGGGGGGCGUCGGAAUCGGAGGCUUCCUGCCCCCAGUGCAGACAGCCCUUCGCGCCCCGAAGUGUCUUCGCUAACCGGCAGCUGGCGCGGAAGUGGCCAGGCGAUGCGGCGGCCAUCCGGAGGAGGAAGGAGGCAGCUUCUGCCCGAAGCACCAGGAGCCCCUCAAGCUCUUUUGUAAGGACCACGAGACCCUCAUCUGCGUUGUCUGCGACCGAUCCAAAGAGCACAAGGGCCACUCGCUGUUCCCUGCGGAGGAGGCUUUCCAGGAAUACAAGAUCAAGAUUGGGAAUUGCCUGAAGGCUCGGAUGAAGCAGAAAGAAAAAAUAGCUACAUAGAAAAGAGACACAGAGGAAAAAGUGCAGGAGAUGUUGUAAGUAUGGAUCCAACAGUGGGGAGCUUCUGAGCUAAUUGGAAGGAGAAUCCUAUCUGCUAUCUUUAAUAAUAGGCAGCCUCUUUGUAAAUACAAGUUGAAGGAAAUUCAAGAUAAAGGUGUUAGGGCAGAGAACUUGGCCUUAACCUGGGGAUUGAGACCUUUGCCUGAAUGAGUCACAGUUGGGUUAAGUGCACCUGUCCCAUGAGCCGUGUAUAAUGCAAUGGGUUUGGCUUGAUUACUAAAUUAAUGUAAACUGUAUUUCAUCUUAUUGAAAAAAUUGGAACUCAAACAUUUCUCUCUCUCUCUUACUUUGGGAAUCCUGAUUGCCAAGGAAAUUUUGCACUCUGCAGACCGCCCAAAAAUGGCCCGUUGCAAUACAUAGAAAUUGAAGAUGCACAGAAAACAGAAAAAAAUAAAACAUACCAUCUGUUAUCAAGAUAGCAAAUGUAAGUGCUCUGUGCCCUAAAUGUGUCCCCUGGCUCAAGCCAAAAGUAAAAAAGGAUUGUUAAUAGAAUGAUUAAAAAUGAAAUACAUUAUUAAAUAAAUACAUUAUUUGAGAAUAA